AUGGACUUUUAUAUUGAGCUCGGUGACAAUGCAAAGUAUCAUGCAACUGGUGUUGGCAUGGUCAAGUUUCAUAUUGAGUCUGGCAAACCUCUAUUGGUGGAGGAUGUGUUGUAUGUCCCAGGCAUGACAAAGAAUUUGAUAUUGGUUUCUACUUUGGAGGACAAGGGUUACAUUGUGACCUUUGAGGGGGUUAAAGUCUAUAUUCAUCCCAAGGAUUCCAAGGCAGCAAAAGUGAUUGGAGUUAGGCACUUUAGCUUGUUUUGGCCACAGUUUGAGCCAGUGCCUGUAUUGGUAAGAAGUAGUAGAGGGUUAAGAGAACUGUGGCAUAGGAGGAUGGCCCAUCUUCACCAUGGAGCACUUAAUGUUCUCAAGGAAAUAGUUACAAGGCUGCCUAAUAUGAAGGUUGAGAAGCAUGAGAUAAUCAAAGGAGUCGACUUUCUUUCGAGCCUGACAGAUAUGGCCAAGUCAUAUGGCCCUGUAAUGACCGUGUGGAUGGGGCCAUUGCCUACUGUGAUUCUCACCGGCCAAACUGCACUCUGGGAGGCGCUGGUAAACCAAGCAUCCAAUUUCGCAGAUCGCCCAACGAUUUAUGCCCUGCAGUACACCACCGCAAACUUUAAAACUACCCUUGCUUCUCCCUGCAAUGAACGUUGGACUCAGCUCAGAAAGCUUCUCCACAACAAUGAUCUCAGUCCCUUCCACGUUGCAAGCCAGAGCACUUCACAUCAGGCAUGUCUCGCUGAUCUCUUCAACACCUUAGCAAUGGAGAAGGAGGCAAAAGACCGCGUGGUGAGGCCUUUGCAGGCCUUGAAAAUGAUGGAAGUGAGGUUUUUAGCCCGAUUAUGCUUUGGCCCUCAUUUCCAAGACCAGGGUUUGCUAGUCAUGCUGAAUGAAUUAGUUGCUGAACGUAUUAGGUUACGCGAUGAAAGAGAUAAUCUGUUUUUGCCUUUGAUUCAAUUUGCUCGCAGUGAUCGGGUAUACUUCAAGCAGAGUGCUCCCGAUUGCUAUUUGAAUUGUUUGCUUUCCGUGGGCGAAGAAGAAGAAGAUGAAGAGCACAAGUUAAAGUUCUCCGAUGAAGAAAUAGCCUUAAACAUGUUCGAGCUCUUUUUUCUCGCAGUAGACAGCACCUCCACAGCUCUAGAAUGGACUCUCGCUUAUCUCAUAACCCAUCCUAACAUACAAGAAAGGGCUUAUCAGGAGGUAAGACGAGUUGUUAAAGAAAAAGAAGGUGAGUUGUUAUGUUUGAAGGAUUUGGGGAAGCUGCCAUACUUGCAAGCUGUUGUGAAGGAGACGUUGAGAAAAGAGUCGAUAGCGCCGCUUGCAAUUGUACACCAAACUGUGGAGGAGUGUAAGGUGAUGGGCAUCACUAUACCAGCGAAAUCAUCAGUACUUAUAAAUCUGCACAGUGUCUGCAAUGAUCCUGUAGCGUGGAAAGAGCCUCAUCAGUUUAUUCCGGAGAGAUUUCUUGGCAAUAUGGAUUCCGACAAGGUGAGAAUGUGGUAUCUACCGUUUGGAGCAGGAAGACGAGUAUGUGCAGGAAUGGACCUUGAAAGUGUGUUAUUUUUUAAGAGGAUUGUCUAUAGAUUGUUGAAUGCAAGGAAGAGAGAUAUUAUUGAAGUAACUUAUGAUGAGUUCUAUGAGAUGUCUACGCUUUUACAUUUGCAGACAUGUCAGCCAAGGCAGUUACAACAUAUUGAUUAUACUUUGGUGGAUGUCGAUACUCUUUUCAGAGCUUUAAUUUCAGCACAGGCAGGGAGGAUGCUGGCGUAG